AUGAUUGCUACCUUUGUCGUUUCUACGUGGGAAAAGCUUGACUGGCUUCUAAAGGAACAAAUUCAUGCAUUCUUGCACGGCCACAUAAAAGAUGGAUUUGGAUCACAUCAAGUUAAUGAUGGUGGCGUUUUUAGUACUGCCAUGACUGCUGCUAUCACUGAUGACAUAUAUGACUAA